CCCCAGAAGUUCUAGCUCAACAGCCAUAUGGGAAAGAAGUUGACUGUUGGUCCAUAGGUGUUAUAGCCUACAUUUUACUGUGUGGUUAUCCCCCCUUUUAUGAUGAAAAUGACGCAGAGUUGUUCAAACAGAUAUUGAAGGCCCAGUAUGAAUUUGACUCUCCAUUUUGGGAUGAGAUUUCAGAAUCAGCAAAAGACUUUAUCCGCCACUUAAUGUGCAAAGAGCCAAAAGAAAGGUACUCUUGUAAGCAGGCGAUUGCACACCCUUGGAUCUCAGGUAAUGCAGCCUUGGACAAGAACAUUCAUGCAUCCGUUAAGGCCCAGAUGCUGAAGACAUUUGCAAGGAAUAAAUGGAGGCAAGCCUUCAAUGCAACCUCGGUCAUCCGACAGAUGAAGAAAUUAGUUGUCAGUAAAGAGGUGAACAGUCACAACCACACAGCUUCCAGUCCAGCGCCUCCUGCCCCAACCCCUACGCCAGCCUGCAGUACAGAAUGA